CCGCAGAUUAUUCAGCGCGGUUCUACCAGAGUAAUAGGUUCCAUGGAAACGAUGCCAAAAUGGCGGACAACAGCAAAGGAACAAAUAAAAAUCUCACACACCAUGUGUGCUGUUACCGUUGAUCAACGUGCCCAUGAGCUGUACAAUCUCAAAAGGCGGGCCAUAUAUUUAUUGCAGAAAAUUUAAAUGUUCGAAAAUCUCUCGGUAUGACAGAUGAAAGUGUCCAGAUGGAUAUUAUGGAACACAAAGAGAGAAGAAGCAUCACACAAGCUCCAGGUGAAACCUACAUCACCAACCUGGAUGCGGUUAGUGUGGCUGAUCCCUCACAUGUGCCUGACGAGAUAAAAGCCAUGCUGAAAAACAUGGAUGCAGACCCCUUUUCGGAAGAUGAGACAGAGUUGCGUUUCCUGCUGUCCAAACCAACAUGUUUUAUCAUCCUGGGCAAACCUGGUGUUGGGAAGACAGCUCUUGCCAGAAGGCUUGCUCAGGAGUGGAAGUGUGUGCUUAUUAACUCAACUGACAUCUUACUGGAAAAUAUGGAGCUACAUACAGAGAUGGGGCAGCGCUGUGCAGAGAUGCUGACUCGUGGAGAGGCAGUUCCUGAAAACAUUGUGAUCCAAUUGAUCAAGGAGAAAAUUGACUCACCAGAAGUUGCCCAUCAUGGAUACGUUUUAGAUGAUUUCCCCUGCAUGUCUGAGGCUACUUUAACAAUACAUGACCAACUGGAGCUGGUCAAGAGCUGGAAACUGAAACCAGAUUUUAUCAUCAACAUUCGGCUACCUGACAAGGAUUUGGAACGAAGACUGCUGGGCCAAAAAGUGGAUCCGGUGACAGGAGACAUCUACACCAGGGAAGUUUACGCACCAGAAAAACCAGUUAAACCUAUUACCAAAAAGGAGGGAGAGGAAGAAGAAGAGGAGGAGGAGGAGCAUGCAGAAGAGGAAGAAAUGGAGGAGGAAGAACACCUAGCUGAACUUCCAGUAGAAAUCUUGGAACGGCUGAUCCGUAGGCCAGAAGACAUGCAACAGCAGGUGGAAAAGGAAAUCACCUACUUCAAGGAAAAUAUGCUCCGACUGAUUGAGGACUAUAUGGCUGAUCACAAUCAACAGUACCUUGUAGAACUGGAUGGGAACCAGCCACUUGACAUUCUUCUUAAGCAAGUGAUACAGAAGAUGAACUGCUUUGUUGUUCGGCCGGCUGCUGCACCAAUCCUUCUCCAGGGGGAGGAAGAGGAAGAAACACCUGAAGACAUUGACACAGAUGAAUUGAUGCGUUCUUUGGCAUCAAGGAAGAUGUUAGCACCCCGUUUCCGUUGGCGACGGAGCCGUUGGCUGCGUUACUGUCCCGUAGCACUGUUUGAAGGAAGCAAAGUUCUGGGUAAACCAGAUCAUGCUGUCAGUUUUCUGGACAAGAUGUACUGUUUCUCAAGUCCAGAGGCCAUGGAAAAGUUCAUGAGAAAUCCUCGCCCAUACCUCCUUCCACCGCAGCCCCGCCCACCUUGCAAGAUUGUUGUUCUGGGCCCACCUGUUUCAGGAAAAUCCUCCGUAUGUGCCCUUCUUGCCCAGAAAUACAAUGCCAAGGUGUUGAAGGUUGAAGAGAUCAUAAAGCCUUCUCUGAAGGAAGAAAAGGAGAAGCUGCUGCACAAAGUGAAGACUGAGACAACAGAAGCGGCCAUUCAGGCCAUCAAAACAAAGAUUAAAGAGCAGCUGGAGGCGGAAAUGCAGGCAAAAGAGGAAGCAGCUAGACUUGCAGCAGAAAUUGCUGCCAAAGAAGCAGAGGAGAGAGCAGCAGUGGAAGCAAAAGAGAAAGAGGAGCAGGAAGAAAGAAGCAAGACAGAAGUUAAGGACAACAUGGAGACAGACAAACUUGAAGAGGAGGAACCAGUUCCUCCACCUGAGCCUACAGAACCAGUUCCUCCACCUGAGCCUACAGAACCAGUUCCUCCACCUGAGCCUACAGAACCAGUUCCUCCACCUGAGCCUACAGAACCGGUUCCUCCAUCUGAGCCCGAAGAACCUGUACCUCCACCUGAGCCUGAGGUGGAUGCCACCCACCCUGAGGUGGUCAGUAUGGUCACAGCAGCUGUGGCUGAAGCUGAGAAGCAGGAAAUCACCUUGCCAGCUGAGGUUAUUGUUGAGCUUAUGGAGGCUGCCAUUGCUGAUGCAGAACACAAGAUGGCAAAUGAGCAGCCUUCAGGACCCUUAAAGGGUGGUUGGAUUCUGGACAACUUUCCAUCCACCCGAGAACAAUGGAAUGUCUGUAUUGAGAAAAAUUUGCUGCCUGAUGAUGUGAUUGAGCUCAACGACACUAGCGAGAAUGGCAUGUUCUUGACAACACGUUACUACACAGUGAACAGGGACUACAUUGUUGGCAAGGCCCAGGAGCGUCUAAUGCUGGCUGAGAUGGAAAAGCAACGGAUAGCAGAGGAAAAACGACGCCAAGAAGAAGAAGAAAGAAGAAUUGCUGAAGAGUUGAGGAAGGCAGAGGAAGAGGCAAAACGAGCAGAAGAAGAGGCAAAACAAGCAGAAGAAAAGGCAAAGCAAGCAGAAGAGGCAGGUCAAGAAGCUAACGACGGACAAUUAAAUGAAGAAAAAAGUCCUGCAGAAAAAGAUCCUGCAGAAAAAGAUCCUGCAGAAAAAGAUCAGGAGGUUGAAGAUGAAUCAGCAAAAGUCAAAGAAAAUAUAGAGGAGAAAGCUGUGGAAAAGAUAGAGGAGGUUGAAAUAAAAACAGACGUGGCUCCCAAGGAAAAAACACCAGGAGCAAGUUUAGAGAUGGAGGGCGCUAUUGACGUGUUGGUUGAUCAGGAUACUGAUGAGAUUAAAAUACCUGAGGGGCCUGAGAUGGAACUUUAUUACAAGCAAAGACAGGAGUAUGACAAAGAACUUGAAACUGUCAAUGGUAUCAUCUCUGGUGGGACAUCUUUGGAGCCUCUUGUAAUUAACAUCUGCUCCAGGUCUCUGGAGGAAAUCCUUGAGGAGAUCACUCAAGGAAUUGAAAGUGGUCUGAUCUACCGUGGUGGGGCGUAUUCAAGUGCAGACCAGGAAGAGGAAGAGAUGGAAGCCACUGGUGAAAAGAAGAAGAAGAGGAGGCAGAAUCUGAGGCUGAAGAUACAGAGGUAUCUUGCUGAAGUGAACCCCAGCAGAAAUCCCAAGAAACCUCUUGGUGAGUCUAGUUUUUUCUGCCCUGUGACACUGAAAGAGACCAAUGUGCUCUUUCCUGGCGACCCGGAGAAUGCAGUUCGUUACAGAGAAAAACUUUACUACUUUUCAUCCAGUGACACCCGAGACCAGUUUCUUCAAAACCCAUUGAGCUAUAUAAGUAAAGACAAACCACUGCAGCCUCCUCCUUUGCGGCUUGUAAUUCUUGGUCCUCGAGGCUCAGGCAAGACUCUGCAUGGACGUCACCUUGCAGAAAAACUGGGUCUCUUUCACAUUGCCUUCACGGAACGUCUUCAGGAGCUGAUUAUUGCCAAAACCAAGAAGAAGAUUGGACCUAAGUAUGAGGAAGGAGAAAAGGAAGCAGAAGAGGAGGAGGAGGUUGAAUCAGGAGAUGAGGAAGAUGUGAAGGAAAAGACAGAGGAUGAUGGAGAAGAUGAAAAUAAAUCUGUAAAGCUUUCUCCUGAUGCUGUGGAAGGAGCCACAGAUGCUACAGCAGAAGAGGCAGAGGUUGAAUUGACGGAAAUGGAGGAAGCUAUCAAAAGUAGUCUCGAAGCUAAUGAGUCACUGGCACCAGAGUUCCUGGAGACUAUUGUCCCACAGUGGUGGCAUAAAGAACCUUUCAAGUCCACUGGCUUUAUUCUGGAAGAAUUUCCACGUUCACCCGAGGAGGCUCGCUUUCUGAGUGAAAAUGGAUUGUUUCCAGAUGCUGCAAUAAUCCUACGUGUAUCAGAUGGGGAUGUGAUCGGCCGCCUUCUUCCACCCAAAAUGGACAAAUGGCGUGCCAAGAGGGACAAGAUGUUGGAAAAGAAAAAACGCAAAAAGGAUAAAGCAAAAAAGAAAAGGGAUGCUGCAAUACAGAAGAGGCGUGAAGAGCUCCUCAAAGAAAGGGAGGAAAGACAAGCAGAACGUGCAGCAGAAAAGGCAGCAAACAGGGAGGGUGACUCUGAUAACGAGGAUGAGGAUGAGGCAGCUAAUGAGGAGGGAGAAGAAGAUGAGGAGGAAGAAGAUAUUGAAGCAAUCCUGGCUGAAGAAUUUGAGCCAGAAGCAGAAGAGGAAGAGGAAGAGGAGGAGCUGGAGCCGGAUGCAAUGGAGAGGAUGCGAAAUGAACUGACUGAGGCUUAUGAAGAUCAAAACAGCAAAGUGGAAUCUGUUCAGGAAACUUUAACUGAACUUCUUAUCCCCAAGCUCAUAAUUGAAGCAGGCCGGAAGAAUCACAUUGUUCGUUACAUCCUCAACAAAAAACUGAAGCCCUACGUGGAGUUUCGACAAAGUCUUUUUGAGCGUGUUUAUCCAAUCAGUGAGCAACUAGCACAGCAGAUGAUUCGCACCGGAUACAAACAACCAAGUUGCUUUGGCCGAUGGUGUCCAGUGAAGCUUCAUGAAGGAGACUGCAUCCAACCCAUGAAUGGUCCGGGCUAUGCAAGCUACCCAUGUAUCUACAGACAGCACAUCUACUACCUGAGCUCCAAGUCAGCACGUGACACCUUCGUGGCCAACCCCUUGACAUACCUGAAGCAACCUAGCCCUAAGCCAGUUGUGCCUAUUCGUAUUGCCAUCAUUGGGCCACCCAAAUCAGGCAAAACAACCUUGUCCAAUCGAUUUGUAGAGGAGUAUGGUGUUGUUCGACUGUCUAUUGGUGAGGCCAUGCGAAGGGUGCUUCAGACACAGCCAAAGUCUGAAUUGGCACAGUUAAUGAACCAGUGUCUUUAUCAGGGGAAAGUGGUUCCAGACGAACUACAGGUGCAGUCACUGGAGGUUUGCCUGCUGGACAUGAACUGUCAGACACGGGGCUAUGUUCUGGAUGGUUAUCCCAUAACAAAGAAACAAGUGGACCUGAUGAAUCAGCGCAGUAUCAUUCCUGUUAGGGUCAUUGAGUUGGAGAUGAACAGUAAUGAGGUCAUGGUCCGAGGCACCAAGGACAGACUAUCACCAGCAAGAACUUUUCCAAUGCAUGAUAGUGCCCAGAUAUUACAGACAAAACUAAUGUCAUUCAAGAAUGCAGAACAAGAGGUACAUGACUGGUAUGAGAAUGAACACAUGAACAUCAUGAAAAUUGAUGCUUUGCAGUCCAAGUGGAUGAUCUGGAAUCGUGCACUUGAGAUUGUACAGGCUGCUGUUAUACAGAUACAGACAUACUUGCAACGCAUUGAUCAAGGCAAGGCAGCUUCCAUUGCAGACAUGUGCAUCAGGCCCACCGAGUUCGAGCAACGAGUGGGUGAUUUUGGACAGUACUGUCCCGUCAGUCUGGCACUGUAUGGGGAGCUUAUUGACUGUGCCACCAAGCGUGAACUUACUUAUGCUGCCGAGUUCAGAGGUCACUACUAUAAAAUGAAGGGCAAAAAGGAACUGGAUCAAUUCUUAGCAGAUGCAGAGGCAUAUGUGCCACCACGAGCUCCACGAAAGCUACCUCCACCAGAGUUGUUGCCAAAGCGACGAAGACCCGAGGAAGUAAAAUCAUUAAGGGAAACGGAACUACAAGGCUACUGUCCAGUGACCUUCUUGGAUGGAAAGUGCAUGUAUGAAGCCAUUGUGCCAGGGGACCCAGAUCUGAUUGUUGAGUACAAGGACAAAGUUUAUUAUUUGGAAUCUGAAGAGAAGCUGCUGAAAUUUAUGAGUCUGCCUGAGAAGUACUGGAAUCUAAAACUGCCACACAAACUGCCACCCCACAAAAAGCCGAUGCCACUAACUGGCCUUCCAAUGUUGGGAUACAUGGAGCAAGGGGUAGCCACAGCGCUGAUUGCUGCCCUCACAGCAGCUGGCAACUUUAAGCCCAAGUAUCCGUUCAUCUCAUCCACCCGUUCAGCCCUGCUCUAUGUGGCUUAUCACUUGAAAGCCUUCAACCCCAAAAGUUCUGAUUACAUACGCAAGAAGUAUAAGCAGAAACUGCGUCAGUUCGAAGAAACCUGCAACCUCAUCCGAUACCUUGGUAACAAUAUGACAGUGCGAUACCGUGACCCCAGUGAACGACCUGCAGACUUUGAUUCAAAGAUGGAAGUUUUCUUUGCUCUGAAAGGGACUGAGCCCACACCAACAUGGAUAGCAUAAAGAAGCGCUGUAAAGAGUGUAUAAAGGCACUCAGAUGUGCAUAUUUGUACAGCAAGUGCAAGCCAUGCAAAGAUUAUUUCUCUCUCUCUGUGCACACUUUUGACAUGAGAGACCGUUUCACAUUUAAGUCUCAAUGAUUACUGACAAACUUUCACAUAAAUCUAUUGUAUUGUUUUCAAUGUAAAUAACAAAUAAGAGUGUCUGCGUGAAAUUAUGAACAUAGGAUUGACUAUGAUUAGCAGUGAUGUUACAUAUCAAAUGAAAAUUAACCAUCGUAUUAAACACAAGCAAGUCUGUGGCUUGUAGAUGAAGAUAUUUUUUUUACAUGUUAUCUGCACAAAUAUUAAAUUGUCAAGGCUCAUCUGAAAGAUGUUUUAUUUUCAGCUUGAAAAAUGUUAUUCUUGUUUUUCACUAUAUCUUGGAGAUGCUUACAAGGUUUGUAUUAAACUCUACAACUUUGGAAAAA